GGGAAUAUUGUCAGGCACAUUGGGGCCACGCGCAACGAGACGGGAGAAUCUCGGGAAUCCUGCCAGGAAAAUUAAGUCGACAGAUGGUGGACGAUUGCUCUAAAGCAUUCUAGCUUUCGUGACAUCUCACCUGACUAGUUUCCACUCAAGCUUCCCUAGACGUUACCCCAGGGGUAUGUUGCACACAUUGUGAUAGCGAUGCAAGUUCUGAACAAAACCCCCAAUUCAACAAAAGGAAAUGUUCAGCAGAUUAUUCGCCAGCACCAACGAAUAAGCUAAGGAGCCGAUCUUAUACACUGCCUCGAAGCUUAGUCGUUGUUACUAUAGAAGAUCGGAUCGAGUUCGCCAAUUAUGUCACAACGUAUGGAGCUGCCAAAAUACGCGGUACCAGAAUCUUUGCUGUCAUCGCAGCCGGGACCUUCCUCACACGGGGACCACACGUUACAAGAGCCGCUGGACAAAACCGAUGACCCAGGACGUCAUAGUAAAGCGACAGGCAAGAGAAAAAGAACAGGUGCCAGCUCUGAUCCGAUGAAGUCGGGGAUAGGGCACGCCGGACCCCCACAAUACGCAGUUCCAGAAUAUCUGCUCUCACCGCAGACAGUCUAUACGUCGCGCAGAGAACUCACGCUCCAAGCGCCACUGAAUGAGAUCAUCGACCCGGGCCGUCAUAACAACCACAUUACGACUCCACAUUCAGAGCCCAGCAUACCUGAGCACUCGCGAUCCGAGUCGAUGUUUCUUGCGCUUGAUCGGUCUUCUCUCCCACCUUCGACGAUUGCGAAACCGUUAGAGGAACACUUGCGCAACAUGGCGCCCACGGGCCAAUCCGUGCCCGAGAGUCCGAACCUUGCAUACCGGACCACAGCAAAGGACCUUUGCAUGAAGGAUGACGGCUUCUUAGACUCAUUCUUCCCGACCCCCGCCAUGACAGACCCAUGGGGAGAAGCACCGCCUCCGAAUCUGUCGUGGAACUCGGCUGCGGGACUGCCUUUUUUGCUCGAUGAAGACAUGUCCAUGACUGAGCCAGAUGCAACGGUGGCUGAAAUGAUACCUGAAAGAAGUGAGAUGGUGCCGGACAGGCGAGUCUCCGAUGCGCAUAAUACCGGCAACACGGCAGUGUCUCAGCUCGACAGCUCCGCAUUGACAGGAGAACGUCUAUCGCAUGUUUUGAAAGCCGUUUCCGCAGCUGGGUUUAGCAGUCUGGACGACGCCGUUGUAGCGUACUAUGCGGAGUUUUGCAAGGACGACGAACGGCUUCGGCAGGCGCAGAGAUUGAACCGUAUCCGACGGCUGCCUGUACUGCUGAAGGAACUGCAUCUUGCAGCGCAAGGGUGGGGUCAAUGGCAGAGGCGGAGUUUCCAAGAGCAAAUCAUCAAGAGCGCGGAAGACAUUGUCAUUGCGGAGCUGGAAGAACAGCUGCUUGCAAGGCGCCACGAUCAUUACAGUUCUACUUGCAGCACUGAGAAACCGUGCCAAGCCUGUAAGCAAAAGGCAAGAGAAGAAAUAGAUACCGAGGCCGAGCUUCCGAAUACGUGGACCUUGCUCACAUCGCUGUCUACAAGAUAUAACGCUAUAGCUUCAAAAGACCGGCAUACUGACGUGCCGAAGUUGAUCAGCAAGUUCCUCGACGGUGUCACUGACUUGGGUAUUUGAGGCUGCAUUUGCAUGGAAGAGAAUCUCCACACAUCGUCACUCGAGAGCAAUCUCGACAGACUGGAGACCAGGCGACUGAACACCUGUCGACCAGACUAUUGAGAAGUCUACACC